UCCAGCCUCCCCCGUGCCCUUUCUAGGCCCCCUCCCCCCGGCGGGGGGUGGGGAGCAGAGAGGGCCCCGCCCCUCGCGCCCCCUCCUCAGGACCAGCGCAGGAUGCCCCCGGCCCCUGGCAGCCCCCCGGGAGGUCCUGAGCUCGACGCGCCCCCUCUACGCCAUGUCCCCCCCUGGCUCGGCCGCGGGAGAGAGCGCCGGCGGCGGCGGCGGCGGUGGCGGCUCCGGGGUCCCGGAGGAGCCCAUGGCAGCGGCGGACGAGGGCCCCGCCCGAGAGGAGCAGCGUCCCAUCCAGCCCUCUUUCACCAAAUCUCUCUGCCGGGAGUCUCACUGGAAGUGCCUCCUGCUCUCCCUGCUCAUGUAUGGCUGCCUGGGGGCAGUGGCCUGGUGCCACGUCACCACAGUGACGCGCCUCACCUUCAGCAGCGCCUACCAGGGCAAUAGCCUCAUGUACCAUGACAGCCCCUGCUCCAACGGCUACGUCUACAUCCCCCUGGCCUUCCUGCUAAUGCUCUACGCGGUCUACCUGGUGGAGUGUUGGCACUGCCAAGCCCGCCACGAGCUGCAGCACCGUGUGGAUGUGAGUAGCGUUCAGGAGCGCGUGGGCCGCAUGCAGCAGGCCACCCCCUGCAUCUGGUGGAAGGCCAUCAGUUAUCACUACGUCCGACGAACUCGACAGGUCACCCGAUACCGCAAUGGAGAUGCCUAUACUACUACCCAGGUCUACCACGAGCGGGUCAACACACACGUGGCGGAGGCCGAGUUCGACUAUGCGCGCUGUGGCGUCCGGGAUGUGUCCAAGACUCUGGUGGGGCUGGAGGGCGCUCCGGCCACGCGGCUGCGCUUCACCAAGUGCUUCAGCUUCGCCAGCGUGGAGGCUGAGAACGCGUACCUGUGCCAGCGAGCGCGCUUCUUCGCCGAGAACGAGGGCUUGGAUGACUACAUGGAGGCGCGAGAGGGCAUGCAUCUCAAGAACGUGGACUUUCGAGAGUUCAUGGUGGCUUUUCCCGACCCGGCUCGGCCGCCCUGGUACGCCUGCUCAUCGGCCUUCUGGGCGGCAGCCCUGCUCACGCUGUCCUGGCCGCUGCGCGUGCUGGCCGAGUACCGCACGGCGUAUGCGCACUACCACGUGGAAAAGCUCUUCGGUCUGGAGGGACCGGGCUCGGCCAGUAGCGCGGGCGGUGGCCUGAGUCCCAGCGAUGAGCUGCUGCCCCCGCUCACACAUCGCCUGCCGCGGGUCAACACGGUGGACAGCACGGAACUCGAGUGGCACAUCCGUUCUAAUCAGCAGCUGGUACCCAGCUACUCGGAGGUGUUGCUCAUGGACCUGGUCGAGCUGGGCUCACGCUGCGGCGGGCCAGGGGGCAGCUACGUGCCUAGGUGUCGCUACGGAGGGGUUGGUGGCCCGGGCGCGGCGGGCGUGACCCCGCACUGGCGGAGCUGCGAGCACUGUCAGCGAGCGGUCAGCAGCUCGUCCAUCUUCUCGCGCAGCGCGCUGAGUAUCUGCGCCAGCCCGCGGGCCGCCCAGGGCCCCGGAGCGAGCGCGGGGUGCGGGGGCAGCCGCUUCUCGCUCAGCCGCCUCUACGGCUCCCGGCGCAGCUGCCUGUGGCGCAGCCGGAGCGGGAGUGUCAAUGAGGCGAGCUGCCCCACGGAGCAGACGCGUCUGUCGAGCCAGGCCAGCAUGCGGGACAACGAGGAGGAUGAGGACGAGGAGGAGGCCGGGCCACCGCCGCCCUACCAGGACGCCCUCUGCUUCCCUGUCCUCAUCGUCCAUCGGCAGGAGGGGUGUCUGGGCCACAGCCACCGGUCACUGCACCGCCAUGGCUCCUGCGUGGAGACCUCACUGUGACCUCCCGCCUUUGGAGGGAGCCUGCGCCGCCGUUCUCCUUCCUGCCUCUCCUUGUGUUGUGCUCCCUGUGUGUAGCAGGGGAAGGCAGGAUGGUGGCUAAGGCCAGGCAGGGUAUGAGGGAAGGCAGGAGGUGAGGGGCACGCUCAGACAAGACCUCAGUGAUCUGAGACUGCUUCCCUGUACACAGACAGAGGCUGGGAGAUUGGCAGCUCUCUAAGAAUCCCAUCCACCUGAGCAGAGGUGGUUCUCUUCCAGUCCCCACCGAGUUCCUGCAAGGGGGUACACCCCCUUUUCCAUGCACACUCGAGAUUUCCCUUCCAGGCUUUCAUCGAGUCUUGACUGUUAGUAUGUUGUGGGACCCGUUUCUGGCCUCCCAACCAAGGGAGCCAUCAUGGUGGGUACCAAGAAAGGCAAAGCACUUGGGGCUUUUUUUUUUUUUUUCUUUUUCUUUUUUUGGUUU